AAUUCGAGGAAUACGGCGUGGAAUUUAAUUAGAAAUGGAGCAGAAGUGCCUCCUGCUUUGGGUGCUGUGUUUCAUCACAGUCCCCCACAGCCACACGAUUAAGAUUGGAAUCUCGCACAGCUACAACACCACAGCCUCAACGACACAGACAACCCCAACCACAAUGGAGAUUCCAGGAACAACUGCAGCAACUGAACCGGGCAGCUCCAUGAGCCCUUUGCCAGAGCUGGCCACUAGCACGCCCAGCAACACUUUUCCGCCACGACCACAGCCGAAGCCCAGUGCCACGGAUGCACCAAAAAGCAGCACAACACCUGCCGAGACAGUGGCUGCCACUGACACUGCCGAUGCACAGCCCUUGAAUGCCACUGAGACCCCCAAGAUUGCCACGAACUUUCCGGAUGAUUCUUUCUACUUUUGCUCCUGCGAUCUGCGCUCGGAGAUGUGCGAUCUGAACUGCUGCUGCGAUCGCGACUGUCCCACGGAGACCAGGCAGGUCUUUAGCUGCCUGAAGGUACUGGCUCCGCCGCAGCUGCUGUCCAGACUGGAGGACUUUCAGUACAACCAUGGCCUGCCCACCUGCCAGAUCAACGACGGCUGGCUCUGUGUCUUUCGCAGCAACACAAAGCCGGCUAAAAUGAAGCCGCUAAUCGAGAACUUUGAUGCCUCGCAGUACCAGAAGUGGCCCGAUCCCCUGGCAGCCUAUGAAACGGAGGACACUGUGGCUCAAGCCUCGUCAUCGCUGUACAAAUUGGGCGAACCCUUGCAGCUGUGGCACCCAGACAGCAAACAGUGGACCACCUUCGACCUUCCCAUGGCCUACGAAAGCGCCCAGUGCCAGCUGAAGCAGCCCAUGCGACACCUGCAGCCGAUGGUCAGCCACUGCCUGAUGAGGGAUCAAACUCACUUGCAGGAGAGUGUUUGGGCGCUACUCAAUCUGACUGCCAGCCAUCAAUUGCUGCCGAAGCCGAGAGACUUGGAGGAGCAGGUCGUGGAGGCACUGAGCAUACAAAUCUGUCAGAAAUUGGACAGCGGAGGAAUGCUUUGCCCCGAGCCAGGAAACGACACCCAAUGGGACCUGCCCGUGGAGAGUCUGGAGCUGCAGCUGCUGCACAAUUUCACAAACAUUCUGGAGGCGAAACUGUUGAUCAAAGAAGCGGCUGCCGAAUACGAUGACAUGGAACCCCUUUGGCUGCACUUCGCGGUGACAUUUUCCACCGCAAAUGAAUCGCUGGCCAAGCCCAGCUCUGGGCCACUGGGCUACCUAGCUGGUGCGCCAGUAAUCCUCUCUCGACUGCUGCCACAAAACACCAGCGAGGACCGGCAGUUGCUGAGCUACUUUCAUGCGGGGAACGAUAGGCAGGACUACCAUUGGCUGCCGCUGUUCUCGAGGAAGCCGCGCAGCAGCAACUGUCAACGGAAACUGGAUGAAGAACAGGUCCUACGCUUCGGUGUGGAUCUGGCCAGGCAGUGUCUGCUGCAGCAGGCAGCGCUUUCAUCUGCGCUCCAGGAAAAUGCCAACCACACCGAGUUCUGUCAGAGCCUGCAGGCGGAGAUCUGGAAGAAGCUGCUGCCCCACAACUGCAGCAGCCUGGAGGAGAUGAACCAAGUGUUUGUGUCGCAGCUGGGCAGACCGCAGCCCGAUCGCUGGAUACCCAUUCAGCUGCACUUCGAGGAGCGCGCACACGACAUGCCGCCACCCGUGCAGGGCUUCUACGAUGAAGUGCAGCAGAGUCUGAGCUGCCGCAACAUGUUCCUAAGCGUCAGCUACGAGUUCCAUGUGGCUGACCUGGCCCUGUUCGCGGGACGAGUGCCGCAUCAGCGUGUUCUGCAGCAUGCCAGGGUCGUGCUCGGCCAGAGACACGAUCUGGAGUUUGAUGGCAGCGAACAGCUUGUGGAGCUGCCACUGGGCGUCUCGGCGAUGUUCUACAAUCUCGAGAAGAGUCGACCAAACCAAGGCCCAACUGUGCUCGCCCAUCGCAUCAUCAUGGCCACCAUGAUGCUGCUGCUCUGGCUGUCCCUCUAACGCACGUCUGCAGAGCUGAACAAAUUUG